UCGUAGGUGUGAAUAACAGGAUAGGAUUAUACCACUGUAAAGAUGAGGAAUGCAGGCUUAGUGUAACGAACCAAUAGGAGGAGGGUGUUGGCACACCAAUUCCGCCCACUCUUACUGUAUUUAAGGCCUAAGCUACCAGCACUUAUUAGUUUGCUGACGAAGCUCUUCGGAUGAGGAGCGAAACGUCCGACACCUUCUACACAGAAGUACAGAUGACGUCUCAAGAAGCCUUUUCCUCGAUGGACAACUCCUGUACGACUGAGAGCCUACACAGACGCAUUGCGACCAACUUUGGGAGAGACAUCCUUCUGCUGGUACGUAGCUUAGAAAAGGCCACUCUUAAAUUAGCAGAUUUAAGGAACCACCUCAGAUUCAAUCUUAGAUGCAGGCAGAGUAGGUUAAUCCCCAAAUGCAUGAGGCAAGCGUCCCUUGAGCAAGGACACUUGGCAAGGAAAAUGCAACAAAACUACAUCAGAAAAAUACAGAAUUUGAGAAUUAGGAGACUUAACAUAGAGAUAAAAAAUAAACAGUCUGAAGUAGAAACCUUCUAUCAGAGAUUGCAAACCAAGCUUACGCACGAAACCUAUCAGGAGGUUUGUGAAUUUACCAAAUCAGGUUAUAUGAAGCACCAUAGCAAAACCAAAGAAAGGCAUAAAGGAAAAUUCCAGAAACUUCUAUUGGAAAAUCGACCACAGCUUGUCGUAAACACUAAGGAUGGGGGGAAUCAGACCAAUACUAAAGAAAAUUGGAUCAAAAAUCUGUCAGACAGAAGCCUCUCGGAGACAGAGAAGGCAGUAUUAACCAAGGGUCUCAACUUCUCAGUGACUCCUAAAACGAUACCCACAGUAGACUAUAUCACAGCAGCUGAAUCGGCCAUCAGGAACAAUAACCUUUCUAGAACAGAGGCAGGGGACCUUCGUCUGAGAAUAUCGGCCCUUCUCAGUAGUGCCAAACCACCACCGUCCAAUAUCACGUUAGGUGAGAGGAAAGCAUUAGCGGCUCUGCAGAAAGAUGAGAGCAUCACCAUCUUACCAGCUGAUAAGGGCAGAUGCACAGUGGUUCUCAACACAUUGGACUACGAAGAAAAAAUAACAAGUCUAAUUAGUGAUGCCAGCACAUAUGAGCAACUUAAAAGGGACCCAUCCAGCAGGUAUAAGAAAGAAAUCAUACACUGUCUCCAAAAGUUAGAGAAGGAAGAACUAAUUGACAGACAGAUGUAUCAUAGGUUAUACCCUGGGGAGGCUACACCAUGUAUCUAUGGCCUUCCAAAAAUCCACAAGGAAGGGUUUCCCCUCAGACCCAUUGUCUGUAGCAUUGACUCUACCACGUACAAUGUAGCGAAAUAUGUAAAAACAGUCUUAUCCCCAUUGGUAGGCAACACUGAUCAUCAUAUAGAGAACACAAAAGGGUUUGUGGCGAGCAUCAAAGACCUCAGAUUGGAGCCAGAGGAAACUUUGGUGUCUUAUGAUGUGACUUCACUUUUCACAUCUGUCCCCACCUCAGCAGCAGUCUCGGUGGUGAGGAAGAGACUGCUCGAGGACUCAACUCUGCAUCGGAGAACAAAACUUAGUGCUGACCACAUCUGCCAAUUACUGGAAAUUUGCCUUAACACCACAUAUUUUCAGUUUAGAGGGAAAUUCUACAGACAAAUUCAUGGUUGUGCUAUGGGCUCACCAGUCUCACCCAUAGUGGCGAAUCUGUACAUGGAAGAGAUGGAGAAACAGGCUCUCACAUCCUUCUCAGGGACAAAACCAAGGCACUGGUUUAGAUACGUGGAUGACACCUUUGUCAUAAUCAAAAAACAAGAAAUUCAGUCUUUCACAGAUCACAUCAAUGCGGUGGACACCAAUAUCAAAUUUACUCGCGAGGACACUAAAGAAAACCAACUAGCCUUCUUAGACUGCAAGGUAAUUAUAGGAAAGGACAGACAGCUACUUACAGAGGUCUUUAGAAAGGCCACACACACUGACCAAUACCUGCUUUUUGAAUCAAACCAUCCACUACAACAUAAACUAGGGGUUAUUAGGACCCUCCAACAUAGAGCGGAACAAAUACCAACUAGUGCGGAGGGAAAGAAAAAGGAGACACAACAUGUCCAGAGAGCGCUCUCAACCUGUGGGUACCCACGGUGGGCUUUUAACAAAUGUCAAAAGAAGAGAGUAGGGAAAGAAACCCAAAAGCCCACAGAAGCUAAAAGGAGAGGAGUGGUAGUCCCUUAUGUAGCGGGGGUCUCCGAAAAACUCCAGAGGAUCUUAUGGCAACACAAAAUUCCUACCUAUUUCAAACCAGUAAAUACCCUGAGACAAAAAUUAGUGCAUCCUAAAGACAAGGCUCCAAACCAGAAACAGAGCAAUGUGGUCUAUUCCAUCCACUGUAAAGAUGAGGAAUGCAAAGAGCACUACAUUGGGGAAACUAAGCAAAUGCUCCAAAAAAGGCUUUAUCAACAUCGCAGGGACAAUGCUAGUGGUCCUCAAUCAGCAGUACAUCUACACCUGAAAGCUACCAAUCACUCUUUUCAGGACAGCGAGGUAAAGAUUUUGGCCAAAGAAAACAGAUGGUUUGAAAGAGGAGUAAAGGAAGCUAUUUUUGUCAAACAACAGAACCCAUCAUUGAAUCGGAAUGGUGGUUUGAGGUUCAAUUUGGACCCUGUGUUCAGCAGGUUACUGAGACCAAAACCCACAGCUCUUAGUCUUGCAAAUGAGGUGAAGGCAGGGCCGAGCCAGAACAAUAGAUGCUAACAAGCCAGUAUCAGAGUCGUUCAUACCCAAUUCAGGGAGCGACACUUCCCUUU